AUGGCGCAGGAUCCACCACCCCCAGGGACCACCGUCCACACCACCACCGACGCCGAGGGCAGGAAGAUGUACCUAUGGUCGAGGUCGACCAACGGGCCGGUAGGAGAGGGCGCGCCGGGCUCACCACCGAUGACACCCUCCGAGACCCCGACCCCGACGACACCCGCGGCGGCGGCGGCCCCCAAGCCGGACCCCAAGGAUUUCCAGUCCAACUUCCCCAUGAACGAGCACGGCCAGAAGUACGCAACCGUCGGAGAGGCCGUCAAGUCCAUCAAGGCCGAGGACUUUGCAAACGUCACGCAGAUGCCGUGCGCCAGGGGCGGGUUCCUCACUGGUAUCGCCUCGGGAUUCGGCGUCGGUGGUCUGAGAUUGGUUUUCAGAGGAACACCCGCCAAGGCCGCAAACUGGGCCGUAGGCAGCUUCAUCGCGGGCGCCGCAGGCUACUUUGAGUACUGCCAAUUCCAGCGUCGGCAGGAGCGCAUCAGGAUGAAGAGAACCGUCGAGGUCUACCAGGAGAGCAUGGCCGAGAAGCGCCGCAGAGAGACGGAGGCGCUGGAGAAGAGGCAGCAGGAGCAGGAGGCCGUCAAGGCCAGCCAGAAGUCCUGGUACAAGUUCUGGUAA